UCUUUUACCCUAAUCUACUUUACCCAUCCCCGUUUUGACGUUCCACUUUCCCACCCAAUUCCACUCAGGCACGUUCGUUCGUCUUCAUUCAUCCGUCAUCAACGUAUCAGAUCCGAUGAGCCCAACGCAGAAAGGGGGUGAAAAUCAAUCGUCUUCGUCUCAACCAUCUGAAUAUAUUAACAUUGAGGCUGAGGAGAACUUUAAUGAAACAAAUGACCAAGAUGUAAACAAAGGUCAUGGUGAAGACCAUGCUGAAGAAGAUGAUGGUGAAGAUCAUGCUGAAGACAAUGAGGGGUCACAAAAGGCUAAACGUCAAAAGACCUCGUUGGUGUGGGAGGACUUUGUUGAAGUUACUCUUCCAAGUGGAGAAGUAAAAGUUGAGUGUGUGAAUUGCAAGAAAAAAAUGGUUAAAUACUCAAGUGGAUCUACAACAACUUACCAACGACACAAAAAAAUAUGUACGCAACGCAAGCAGUUUGUGAGAACUCAACAAUUGCUAAAUUUUCAGACGGUUGAUGUAGACAUGAAGCUGAUUGGCCUAGAUGGGAAGUAUGAUGCCAUGAAGAUGAGGGAAUCUAUAGCUAACUGGUUAAUGGCAACAGAGCAACCAUUUAAUACUGUGGGAGAUGAUAUGUGUUGUGUACAUGAUGAAGACUGCAAAUCCGAUGUUUGAGAGGGUUAGUAGGGCAACAAUAAAAUCAGAUUGCAUUAAGGUGUAUGAACGUGAGAGGAAAAAACUAAAAGCCCUCAUAAAUGAUGUCUCAAGUAUUUGAGUUGUUUGACAACUGAUUGUUGGAAGUCUUCUGAUCAAAGAAUUGAGUAUAUGGUUAUUACGGGGCAUUUUAUUGAUCAAAAUUGAUUUGAUGUUAUAUCUUUUCUUUA